AUGGCUCUCCAAGCCCCCGAGCAAGUCUCACAAGUCCUUCCUACUGUGUACACUACAAUGGAAAGAAGUUCCUCAUCACGACGAAGCUCUCCAGAGAGAGUCGCAACCCUCAUCCUUCAAGAGAAGCCCAUCCAUGCCCGCCAUAUCCCCACGAGACCCGCGACGGUGGAGAAUCGAUUACGACCUGCUGCAGAUGUCAUCAAUCGCAUAAUAUGGGACCCGGACUACGAUAGUGAUGAUUUCGUGAUUGUAUAUGAGGACCGAUUCGAGGGACGCCUUGAAGCCAGCUUCAACACGUGGAAGCGAGAGACGACACACGACGAGUUCAUCCCCCAACAUCGUAUCCUCCAUAUCAAACGCCGGUCGGAUGAAGAGAUUGUAUGGGAUCGAAGGAGGAGGAUUGACAAGGUCUUCUGUAGUGGGAACUCGGCCUUUGACUAUCUGGGCUUUCUUAGUUGA